AUGGCCGGCAAUAUAUCUGCCGCCAAUAUUGGCGGUGUUGCCGACUCUCGCCUAGGAGACGAAGCAGAUGUCAUUGGCAUUAAGGAGGAGCAUCCGGAGACAAUGUCUCACGAGAUUCCUCCGCCGGUACUACAUGGACAUGGCUCAAUCUACCUGGAUACUAGUAUCAACUUCGAGAGCUACCAUUAUUGGGCAAAGCGCUCUCGUGAGGUUGAAAAGAAUAUGCGAACCGAUAACGUCGGUCUGGCUUCACUGGGCAACGUUAUCAUCGGCAAAAAGUCCAAAGUGUCACCACCGUCCGAUACCGCUGCUACCACUACCAACGAGAAAAGCGGCGCCCCCGAACCCUCGAAUCAAACCGUGAAUAGCGAUACCUCAGAUAGCUGGGGCGUGACCGAAACCGAGUGGGAGCAGGCACAGAGAGCGGGCCGGACCGCAACUUGGGGUUCGAUCUUCUACUUGAUUACCACUGAUAUCUUGGGCCCCACCAAUGUGCCAUGGGCAAUUAGUAAGAUGGGAUACGGGCCUGGCUUUGCUCUAUACACCGCAUUUGGUGCUAUGGCUUGUUACUCUGGCAUGCAAUUGUGGCACAUUUUUGUCGGGCUGGACUCAACUCGAUUCCCCAUGCGCAAUUACGGCGAUGUAGCGUUCCGAGUGUUUGGCAGCUGGGCUCGUAUCGUGGUCAACUUUUUGCAAAGCUUUCAGUUUUUCCUGAACGUUGCCCUUUUGAUCACUAGCAACGGACAAGGUUUGGCGCAGAUGGCAGCGGGUGUUAAUGGCAAUGGGUUUCUUUGCUUCAUUGUUGCGGAGGUGAUUUUCAUGCUCAUCGGCUUCAUCCUAGGGCAAAUUCGCACCUUGCAGCGCCUUUCCUGGCUGGCAAAUAUUGCCAUUUGGCUGAAUGUUAUCGUCAUUAUUAUGACUAUGGCCGUCGUCUAUCAAUAUCCUCCGAACUACGAGGCAGUUGAGCAAAGCUACAACAUCCCGAAAGGCCCCGUGGAAACAACGGCCUACUGGCCCGAAUCUUCAACCCUCGACGACAAAGUGAAUGCCAUGAUGAACGGUGUUUUCGCGUAUGGUGGCGCAACAUUAUUCAAUGAGCUCAUGGCUGAGAUGAGACGGCCUUAUGAUUUCUGGAAGGGAUUCAUCUGUGCCGAAAUUUUUAUUUAUGCUUGCUACUUGAUCAUGGGCAUGGUUGUCUACAGUGCCCAAGGUCAAUUCACCUUCAACCCUGCUUAUCAAGGCAUUCCCAAUAGUGCUUAUCGCUUCCAAACUCUUGGAAACGCAAUUUCCUUUAUCACCGGCGUCAUCGCCGCUCUGCUGUAUGGAAAUAUCGGGAUCAAGGUAUUCUAUUCUGCGGUUCUUCGUGAUGUCUUCCACUUCCCCCGCUGGAUAGCCGUCGGGGAAAAUGGUUAUGGAUUGCGCUCGGUAAUCCCGAUCUACUGGUGUCUUGCGUGGGUCAUCGCUGCCGCAAUUCCCCAAAUCAGCAACCUUACCUCUUUCGUCGGCGCGGCCUGUAUUUUGCAAUUCUCUUAUACCUUCCCGCCCAUGCUGCUUGUUGGAUACAAUAUCCAGAAAGACGCAAUGUUACCCGAGGAAGAGUACAAUCCGCAGACCGGUGAAGUUAACCGCGUGGAUCAUGGUAUUAAACGCUGGAUCCGAGGAUACAAGAAGAAGUUUGUUUGGAACACAUUUGACGUAAUCUACUCUCUUGCUGCGCUGUCAUCUGCUGGACUGGGUAUUUGGGCAUCGGUCACCUCAAUGCGCGAAAGCUUUUCAAGUUCAGCACUGACGCCGUUUACCUGUGCGAACCCAGCUGGAUGA